CGUUUGUGGUUUAUGCUGCCCUCUUUUACCAACGCUUCCAAGUUGGGAGUUGUGCGUUGGUAAGGUUGAUAACCUGUGGUUUGUUAUUGUUUAUAUGCGGGAAAAUUUCAUUUUUAAUCGAAUUUUUCCAAUGGAAAACAAUUGCAUGAAGAUGAUGAGUCGCAAGCUAGCCAUGCCUCUGCUGGGGGUGCUGCUCUGGGUGAUCUCCAUCCACGCAGGUACCUUCGCUACGGCUACGCUACUACCCCCUCCCUUAACAGGUUGUUUAAAAAUCACAGAACUUUUCUAGCUCUGUGCUUAUUAAUGGAAUAGUUGUAUGCAAACAAAGGAUUUAAUCCUGUUUGUGAUUUUGUAAAUUGAGGCUUCGGAUCGACGACCAAAACCAUCAUCCAAAAUCACAAUCACGAUGGCCCGAAAAUCACAGAAAAAGACCUCAAUCGGUCGGUCUCGUUCGGCAACAGUGUUAUCAACCGAAUGCUCAGACUCGAAACAAACCUGGGAUGGUCCGACGUACAUGUCAAGAAAGGUACGCCCUCUCACGGACAACUCAUCGCAUCGCAUCCAGACGAAGAGGCCUUAAAGCAAGGCCGUGACGCUCUGGUUGCCACCAAGGCCACCAUCCACCUCAUGAACAUGUUCUGUCACAAGCACCACUUGAGUCCUGCCGACUGCUCCAAGUACAUAAGUUCGUUCCCUCUGGCCUCCACGUCGUUGGAAUCCUCCUGCCAAAAGCAACACAAAUUGUGUUCCCAGGAGGAGCUCCUCUCUCCGUACCGUUCAUUUGAUGGUACUUGCAAUAACGAACAUGAUGGCCCCCGAGGGGCUGCGUACACAGCCUAUCGACGUCUCCUCCAUGCUGAGUACUUAGACGGGGUUCAAGAACCUCGACGUGCCGUUAACAAAAAACUAUUACCUUCGGCUCGCCUUGUUAGUAGUACUUUGAUCAAAGGGAAUGAUGAAAGCCACUCCGAUUUGACUCAGGCCGUGGCGCAAUGGAGCGAAUUUAUCGAACACGAUUUAAGUCAUACGGCCACGAGUAAAAUGGUUCACAGUGAUAGUACCAUCGAAUGUUGCGCAUCAAGUGGCAAUCAUUUAUCUCCACGGUACAUCCACCCGUUUUGUGCCCCCAUUUCGGUACCAUCCGAUGAUCGGUACUACGCCCAGCAUGGGUUGGAUUGCAUGACUUAUGUUCGUUCGGUACCAGCGUUCCGUCAUGACUGUACUUUUGGUCCCUUGGAACAAGUCAACCAAGCCACCCAUUUUUUGGAUUUCUCUCAGAUUUAUGGUACCACCUUGAAAAAGGCGGCCAUUUUACGUACUUAUGAUGAGGGUCAACUCGAUUUUACAACUCGACAUGACAAAGUUUUCCUUCCGGUGUCACACAGUGCAGGCGAUGAUUGUCAAUUGAGUGAAGAUAAUUCCCUUUGUUUUGUAUCUGGGGAUUCGAGGGUUAAUAUCCACCCUCAGUUAACUGCCAUGCAUACAAUAUGGCUCAGAGAACACAACAGAGUUGCCAAAGUCUUGUCUGAGCUUAAUCCAGCUUGGGACGAUGAAACUCUGUUCCAAGAAGCAAGGAAAAUUGUGACGGCGGAAAUGCAACAUAUCACGUACAAUGAAUGGUUGCCGCUCGUUUUGGGCAAGAAGUACUUCACCAAAAUACAAAAGUACAACAGCUAUGAUGAAAACGUUAAUCCGUCAGUGAGUAACGAGUUUGCAACGGCUGCGGUGAGAGUUUUGAAUUCACUCAAGGACGGAAAGUUGAAUUUGUACAAAGAGGAUCGUCUAGUCAACACUUCACUCAACUUACGCAACCACUUCAACAAUCCCGAUCUUGUUGAAGAACCUGGCUACUUGGACGCCUUGAUUCGAGGCUUGGCCACUCAGUCUAGUCAACAGCUAGAUCUCAAAUUUCCCGAUGAUAUAUCCACCCACUUAUUCUCAAACGGCGCCUUCGGCUUCGACAUAUUCAGUCUUGACAUCCAGCGCGGUCGCGACCACGGAUUGCCCCCUUACACCUCCUACCGGACGUUAUGCGGCCUUCCUGAAGUCUCUCAGUUCAAAGACCUCUCCGAUGUCAUGUCACCUGAAGUCAUCGAAUCCCUAUCACGUGUCUACAACAGUCCACGUGACAUUGAUUUAAUAGCCGGUGGAAUUGCUGAAAAACCAGCCGGGGAUUCCCUUUUCGGUCCGACAUUUUCAUGCAUUGUUGCUGACCAGUUUUUGCGAACGAGGCGUGGCGAUCGCUACUUUUACACCAAUGAGAAUCAGCCGGCGCCCUUUGGAAACGCUCAGUUGCGGGAGAUUGAAAAAGUCACUCUUGCCAGGAUUUUUUGCGAUAAUGGGGACGAUAUCGAGAUGAUGCAACCUCAGGUGUUUAAACGGAUUAGCGAAAGUAAUAGACUGAUGAAAUGUGAUUCCGGCGACAUUCCAAGGGUCAACUUGAGGAUGUGGAUGGAUAGCAGAAGAAAAUAUUAUUAGUGCCUUAAGUCGUUUAAGGUAGCAUCAGUUCAAGACUGAUUUUUAAUGGCUGUUUUAUUAGAUUUUUAAGUCAAAAUUGAAAUUCUUAAUUUACAUAUCUUUAGUAACAGUAUUUAUUUCUUUUUAUACUUGUAUGUAUAGCGACACAAAUUUUGUAAUGCUCAGUGCAUAAAAUUGUGCAAUUUUAUUUAUUGUAUAAAAUAACAUGUAAUGUCGUAAGAUUUUUAAGUCAAACUAUAUUAGUUUGAUUUAGCGUAGAGGAAUUUUAUAGCGAUGUAAAAAGUAAUGGUACAAUGUUUUCUACACGGUGGAACAACAAAAUAAAAUUAUUGAUUGCAAAA